AUGGCGUUCGCAGGGGCUUCCAGCUCUUCCGCUGCUGUCGGUGUGAGCCGCACUAUCGAGCUAUUAGCACCCGUAUAUGCCGAAGUAUCACAACACCCACCAGGUUGCGCUACGAUCGUUCCAGUGACGUUGCGACGCACGGAAGAUGACUGGCUCCAGCUCGUGUUCCCCAGUCUCAACGUGCGCAAGGAUAUCGCAUGCGUUAACGGGGCCAGCGGCUGCCACUGCGACUUUGUGCGCUUCUUGCGUGCGCUGUUAGUGCUCACAGAGCGGCAAAUCGUGAUAGUAGAUGCCACGUACGUCGUGGCGCCGCGAUCCAUCGGCCAGAACCGAGCUGCGACGCUUCAACUACGCGUGCGCGUACACGAGGACUCCCAGCGCGGCACGUCUCUCAAGGAAUUUGACUUUGUGCUAUGCCACCUACAAGCCACUGUGCUGGCCAUUGUGACACGUAACGAGCAGGCGAGGAAAGAGGCCCGUAAUGCUGCAUUAGAGGCCGCCAGAAACAGCUCAUGCCAUGUUGUGGGGUGCAGACUGCACCCAUGGGAUAAGGCCAGUCAACCUAAACAAAAACUUAAUCUGCCCGACGUAUUCCACAGCUUAACGAGCCAAAUGGAGGUGGAUCAAAUGGAGAUCCGAGAUGACGCCACAUACGUGCCUCGGAUGACUCGUCCUAACAAACAGAUCGUCUUGACUGAUCUGCCGACGAACGUGCUGCAGAGUAUCGUAUGUCUUAUGAACGCACGCGACCUCGCCUCAUUGAGCGGUGUAUGCUCAUUGUUCCAGCACAUGGCUUACGAAGUGGUGCCUGGACUGAACCUUGUGCUUUACGAGCACCAGCGAAGAGGCCUCAAGUGGAUGCUACGUCGGGAAACACCUUCAUUGACUUGCAUUCCUCAGCCACAUCCAUUUAUCUUAUCGUCUGAAUCAAAUAGUGAAUCAGCAACGGCUAUAGAUUUGAUUGAAGACAGAGUGGUCUCGCAUCCUUAUGAGACUGCAAGGGACGCAUGUGGCGGCAUGUUCUGUGACGAACCAGGUCUUGGUAAGACCAUCACUAUGCUGGCAUUAAUUUUGCGAACAAAGGGACAAACGACAGACAACACACCAGUUGACUAUGGUGGAUAUACAGCUAGGCCAGGGUUACGCUCGUCCGGAUCUCGACGUCGCUCUGUCAAUGCAGAUGACCUGGUGAGCUCUGGAGCUUCUCUGAUUGUGGCUCCCGAUCCGCUGGUAGAGCACUGGAAGUAUCAAGUUGGAGCUCAUGUUGCACCGGGCGCCUUGCGGGUAUUUGUUGAUCCAGGUGUCGAGUACAAGCUGCCACUAAAUUUCGAUCUCGCUGAAUAUGACGUCGUUAUCACCUCGUUCACAAGAUUGGCGCGAGAAUGGAGACUGCACAGACCAACGUCAGCUUUGGAAGCGCGUAUGCCCGAACGAUAUGGCUUUGAAGGUCCACAACGGUAUGCUGACGGAACUCUUCGAGGAAAUGUAUCUUCUCUUCUGACAGUUCACUGGGUGCGGGUGAUUGUGGACGAAGGCCACAAACUGGGUGGUCAGACUCCAUCGGAUCUGAUGCAGUUGGCCCGGUUAAUUUGUGCCGAAAGACGAUGGGUGAUGACCGGAACACCAACGCCAAACACGCUCCAGUCGGCUGAUCUCCGCUACAUGUAUGGACUUCUGGUGUUCUUGCGCAAUCGGCCCUAUGGGAAUCUGGACGGACAGGCUUGGGUGAAGGCGAUCGCUCGUCCGUUCGAGCGGAAUGAGAUCGUCGGAUUCUAUCGCUUGCAACACCUUCUCAGUCGAAUCAUGAUGCGGCACACGAAAGAGUCGAUCCGGGAGAUAUUGCCCGAACCGAUCCGACGCACUGUGUUUAUUGACCCCACGCCAAGCGAGUACUCGCAAUACAACGGUGUUGCCGCUGCUGUCCGUGCCAACUUGGUCAUUACGAAUAUGGAUCCGAAAAAUCCAGGUCACCAACAUCCGGAUAGUCUGUUGAACCCAAUCAAUCGGAAGGAAGCGCUGCGUGUGGUCUCCAACCUUCGGUCUGCGUGCUGCGGUGGAUCAGCUGUGAAGGUUUCGUUGGCCGAGGCGUCUCGACUGGAUACGAUUAAUAUGCUGAAUGCACUUAACGUUGAUGGUGAGAACAUGGGAAUCGUGAUUGAUUACCUUCGAAAAGUGCAGCUUCAAGGGAUGGUAACUCAAUGUGGAUGUUGCAAACGCAAGCUGCAAUUGCUUAUGAUCAUCCCAUGCGGACAUCUGUGCUGUGCAGACUGCGUGGAAGAUCGAAUGAAAAGGGUGGGGCCUAUUUGUUUCCGCUGCAAUGCUGUGUUUGACCGUGAAGCGUUCCAAAGACUCCAGCCCGGAUUCGAGUUUGAAAUGGUGGAAGCUGUGACGUUGGAGGCAAACAAUCAAGAGGCAAAUGGCCAAAAUGGCCGCAAUGUCCCGCGACAGCCUCGUCGUGCGAUGGAUCUAACUCGCGACAUACAUUUUAUUGAUGCUAGUAAAGCAUUUUACGCCGCGACCCGAAUUAAGGAGUUGAAGGAGGAAUUUCUACUUCGCAGUAUGAAUCCAAGCAGUCGUUCUUCACGACGUCAAGCGCGAUAUCUCAAAGCCAUCAUCUUCUCGCAAUUCAAGGAUCACAUUUGGCACACGAAAGUUGCGUUCGCGCAGCAGGGAGUACCUACCGCUGAUUUCAUUGCUGGACUGAGCCCCGAAGUUCGAAUGAAACACCUGGCGCGCUUCCGCCAAGACCCGAAUGUGAAUGUCCUGCUACUUACAGAGGUUGGUUCACAUGGUUUAGAUCUCUCUUUCGUCACCCAUAUCUUCUUGAUGGACGAAAUCUGGGAUAAAUCGCUGGAACAGCAGGUUAUUAGUCGAGCUCAUCGCAUGGGCGCUAGCCAAGCAGUGGUGGUGGAGCAAUUGUGGAUGCGUGGCAGUGUGGAGAGCCAAAUGCUGAAACCUCAUGAAGCAGACGAGAACCAGAUCAAACUAGAGGAGAAACCGGAAAUAGCUUCUCCUACUCGUGUUAGAGCUCAACAAGGGGAUUCUCCAGGGAGGUCGCCCAAGAAAACUAAUACUGGCGGAGGAACGAUGUUCAAUGCCCCCAGCAAGAAGCGCAAGAGGCAUCGUGCGGACGGGGAUACACGAACAGCAGCAAAAAGCAACAAGAACACCAUUCUUCAGCGCAAACUCGACUAUGUUUUGAACAAGCUACGUCUGCUGGAAGAAUAUAUUGUCGGGGAGCCUGGUCAAGUGCGAUUUUUCGUGGAGGAUGAUCACAAGAAGGUGAUUCGUCAAGCAAUUCAUGUCAUGCCUAACCGAGGAACCUGCGGGGGCGCGGUUUCGACAGCAAAUACGCAGCUAUCUACACCAACGAUAACUACUACGCGUCCACGUCCGCAAGUAAGACGGGUUGUUACGUUUGAAGAAGAACCCGAGCAACGCUCUUCUUCUGCCAGUGCGGUGCCCACGAAUGACGUCGUUGUGAUCGAUAGUUCUUCGAGUGAAGAGAACAAGGAGGGUGAAGAGGAGGAGAAAGAAGACGAUAUUGAAGCAGUCACGAUGGUGCAGAACGCUCGACGUCGCUGGGAGAAGCAAAGGAGAAUCGUUGCCGCUCUAAACUCUACAUGUAGUGAUGAUGACGAAGUCAAACAACCGGCUGUGAGGGCUGAAGUGAAAGCGACAACGAAGAGAGCAAUCAUUGUGAACUCCAAGGCGAAGGCAGUGUCCUUUAGAAUAAUUGACGAUGAUGAUUCGGACACGGAGUCGGAGUGA